GCACACUGCACUCUUGGAUUACAAUCAUCCAUCACAGGAGGAGUACAGUUUGACUACAGAACAGCGCAAAGCCCCACAGAGCACAGCAGCAUGGGGAGCAGCAUGUCAUGUGUCCCCCAGCAUAACUUCAGAUUCUCCAGCAAGAGUUUUAUACGCAGAAACAGCAGUCGCCUAUUUCGCAAGAAGAAUCCCCAAGAGGGACAGGAGAAGUCCAACAGCAUCAUCAAUAUCCUGUGCACAGUCACCCCCAGGAAGGAAAUGUCUGCUAAAGAUCUGGAGUCAAUAGAGAACAUAAAAUGGGAUCCUCCAUUCCCCUAUGACCCGGCCAGUGGCUGGAAGAAGAGCAGUAUCAAUGUGAAGAAUUAUGGUCGGAUGAUUCAUAGCUCCAAAGUUCGUUUCCGUUUCGUCCAUUGCCAGGAUGUACACGAUUGCUACCUGGAUCUCUUCCAGACACACCUCCAUUUUGUGUCAAACAACACAAGCGGACUGACAUACCAGGGGACUCUUCCACUGAAAGAACUCACCAUCUGUAACCUGCAACAGAACUGCAACCACAGCCAACCCCAGGAAUUCGCCUUUCAAAUAAACGGUGUCAGCCUUAACCCCAUCAUCGUCUACUGUGCCAACCAAGAAGAAAUGGACCGAUGGUUUGGCUUACUUAAAGAAAAUAUUGAGGCGAAUGGAGGCACUGCAAUUGCACCUGAAAACUUCACCAGAGUGAAGCUAAACCAGCACAAGACACCUGAAGGCAGAGAGGAGCUGAGGAACUCCAUCAACAGAGAGCCCAUCUAUGAGUGGGAGGGCUCUCAGCGAGAUAGCCUGGGCCCCAUCACCUACGUCACUAAAGUCAGACUGCAGCACCUGCCCUGUCAGGAACAGAGUGACCGACUACUGGUGAUGUACCCAUCAACGCUGAUCAUCCUGUCAGAGGAGAACGAUGGGCUCUUCUAUAAGGGAAAACUUCCACUCAACAUGGUAACUGUGACCACACCCUGCCAAGACGUCAAGCCCAACACGUUUAUGAUUGAAGGGAAGCUGAUCAACCCCAUAGUGGUGUCCUGUCUGGAUAGGGCCGAGUUCUGCGACUGGAUCCAGCAUUUCAAAGCUGCUGACGUGCCCGUUCUCAGUCCCCCACCCCCUGUGUAUGACAUCAUCUACACCCCGACGCACAGAGAGGCUCCACAGUUUGACAGGUGGAGUGGAACAAGCCAAGGAUGCUCUGAAUCCUUAAAGCACAGCCAGUCACAGAGUUCACGUGGGUCCCACAACAUUCAGUUACCCGUUCAUGAAGACAACCCUAUCUCACCGGGAUAUUGUGAGCCCCUCUGUUACAGCUCUAGCCGUCCCUCCUCGACUGAGACUGCUCGACUGGGAAGCAGGACCAACAGCGUGUCUUCCCACACCAAGCCUGAGCGCGACCUACGACCUUUGUCACUACGCUACUCCUCCCCACAGCGCAGCUCCUACCUCCAGUCUGCAGAGAGCUCAGUGCUGUCUCAAAUCUACAGCACACCCUACUCUGCUCUGCAACGUGCCAGCCCGCAGCAACUGGAGAAAGCCCCACUUGUCAAGUCAAACAGCUGGAGCACACCUCAGACAACCCUGAACUACUCCCUGAAUGUCCCACAGCGCCACUCAGACAUGUGCGCCCCCCGCCAGCCCUUGUCUCCACUGUAUGAUGAACCCUGCAGCCCAGAAAUCUACUCCCUCGAUGAGGCCAGGCCAGUGCAGCAGAGCUGGCAAGAGCCCAUUCAUCAGCACCACCACCAGCAGGCCCCCCAGCUCCUACCAUCCUCCUUCCAGCUCCGCACACCUCCCUUGGGCAGGCGCUGCAGAAGAAGCCUAGUUCUAACCAACUCCCAGGGACACGCUUUAGGCCUGGAGAUGGAGGCUCCUCAAAGCAAAGCAGAGCAGAGAGCCGAGGCCGUGUCGAGGCUAAAGCUGCUGCCUGUGCCCGGCCAAAUGCAAGAGCAGAUACUCCUCCCAUCAAGUCCUGUGAUGAACACCUCUCAAAUGCCUUAUGGUUACUCCCCAGAUCACCACUCGUAUCUUGAACCCACAGAACCAGAUGACCAGGAAAUGGACUAUGACAACAUUUGGGAGUACGACUGUGAUACUGGAAUGAUUCAGCCAACGUCUGGAAUUUCGACACACUGGACAGGAUUAGACUUUGGGGCCAGAGGCCUUGGUGCCAUGGCAACCCAGCAGAGAUGGUCAUAAAACAAAACAAUAGCCCGGCACUCGUCUGGACGUGUGCAAACAACAGAUCUCUAUCAGAGGGAUAAUAAAAGCCAACUAACACAGCCUGUGUUGGUCCUGCUGCGUACAGUAUGAACCAACAAAUCCCAUGAACUGUGUUGUUACAUGUUGGCUAGUCGAGCAGAGGAAUGAUGAGUUCAGGUAUGAAGAGAAACAGGCUGAAAACAAAACAUUAUGAAAGUGAUCACAGACUUCAACUGUCUGUUUGAUAUGUAGCAUUUAUGAAAGGAGCAGAGUGUACAUACUUUGCAACUUUAAUGUUAUUUUGUAAAGUUUUAUAUAUUUGUGUGGUCAAAGGUGUAGUGAAAGAGUUUUUUUUUAUAUUUAAAAUAUUUUCUAAAACACUGUCCAGUUUACCUAUUGUUGUAGUUUUCUUUGUUUCUAUGUAAAGCUGUAAUAUGCAUUCCACCAGGGCUUGUUGUAGUAAAGGAUGUAUAUUUUUGUAAAUGUAUGUACAUUUAAUAUUUUAUUAUGCUACAUUGUAAAGGCAAAUAGAUGUGGCUUCAACUGACUGCCUUAAAGGUGCUAAUGUUACUAUUGCUACUGCAGAAUACUGAUACCUGUGUGGCUUCUUUUUUCAUAUUUGUUUGAGGUGUUUAUUUAUAUUUGAAAAUAAAACUGUAAAAGUA